GUCCCUGCAGCCCCGCGGAGGGCGUGGGCCGGGCCGCGGGCAGCCCCGCUGAGGCAGGAUGUUCACGUCCAAAUCAAACUCCGUGUCGCCCUCGCCGUCCCUGGAGCAGGCCGACUCGGACGCGCUGGACAUCAGCACCAAAGUGCAGCUCUACGGGGUGCUGUGGAAGCGGCCUUUCGGGAGGCCGUCGGCCAAGUGGUCCCGGCGAUUUUUCAUCAUCAAAGAGAGCUUUCUGCUUUACUACUCUGAGAGUGAGAGGAAGAGCUUUGAGACCAAUAAGUACUUCAACAUACAUCCUAAGGGUGUCAUCCCUCUGGGGGGCUGCCUGGUAGAGGCAAAGGAAGAGCCCAGCAUGCCCUAUGCCAUGAAGAUCUCCCACCAGGACUUCCAUGGGAACAUCUUGCUGGCUGCCGAGUCCGAGUUUGAGCAGACCCAGUGGCUGGAGAUGCUGCAGGAGUCUGGGAAGGUCACCUGGAAGAAUGCCCAGCUGGGAGAAGCCAUGAUUAAGAGCCUGGAGGCCCAGGGGCUACAGUUGGCUAAGGAAAAGCAGGAAUAUUUAGACAAAUUGAUGGAAGAGACAGAAGAGCUGUGCCUUCAGCGGGAGCAGAGAGAGGAGCUUGAGCGUCUUAACCAGGUGCUGGAAGCUGAGAAGCAGCAGUUUGAGGAGGUGGUGCAGGAGCUGAGGAUGGAGCAGGAGCAGAUCAAGAGGGAACUAGAACUGACAGCAAGAUGCCUCAAGGGUGUGGAACAAGAGAAAAAGGAACUGAGGCAUUUCACAGAGUCCUUGCAGCAGACGCUGGAGGAACUCUCCAUAGAGAAGAAGAAAACCCUGGAGAUGCUGGAGGAGAAUGAGAGCCAGCUACAGACACUGGCCGACCAGAGUGAGCAGCCGUCUCCCAGCGGGAGUCUCCACAGCAACCUCCGGCAGAUCGAGGAGAAGAUGCAGCAGCUCUUGGAGGAGAAGCUCCUGGCUGAGAAGCGGAUGAAGGAGAAUGAGGAGCGCUCACGGGCCCUGGAGGAGGAGCGUGAGUUCUACUCCAGCCAGUCCCAGGCGCUGCAGAACUCGCUGCAGGAGCUGACGGCAGAGAAGCAGCAGGCGGAGCGGGAGCUCAAGGCAGAGGUGAAGGUUCGCAUGGACCUGGAGAGGCGUCUGCGAGAGGCAGAGGGGGCUUUGCGGAGCCUGGAACAAGGGCUCAACUCCAAAGUGCGGAAUAAGGAAAAGGAGGAGAGGAUGCGGGCUGACGUGAGCCACCUGAAAAGGUUCUUUGAGGAGUGCAUCCGGAACGCGGAGCUGGAGGCCAAGAUGCCGGUCAUCAUGAAGAACUCGGUGUACAUCCACAAGGCGGCCACGCGCCGCAUCAAGAGCUGCCGCUUCCACCGGCGCCGGUCCAGCACCUCCUGGAACGACAUGAAACCGUCCCAGUCCUUCAUGACCUCCCAGCUGGAAGCCAACAACAUGGAGGAGCUGAAGGAGGUGGCCAAGCGACUCAGCCGGGACCAGCGCUUCCGGGAGUCCAUCUACCACAUCAUGGCCACCCAGCCCGGCGCCCCCUCGGCCCUUCCCCGGGGCGGAAAGUGAUGGGUGCUCCUCCCAGGUCUUUCUGGACUACUGCUUCUGUCCACUCCAGGCUGAAUCCUGCUUCUCCUGUGGGCCUGAGCUCCACCUGCGGGCCAGCCUCACCCUCAGAGGACAGGGACGCCACCUCCCUCCCCCACCUGGCCUGCCCUUGGGACCAUACCAGGUCCUGCAGGCCCAGUUGGGUGCUUCCUCGGUGCCAUGGUGAGGUGCCAAAGGGGCCUGGGGGCUGAUUGGGAGUGGGUGGGAGAGGCCAUCGUCCACUGGGCCAUGAUGCAGCCCUCUCUGCACCACUGUAGGGACCUCCUGGAUUCUGUUGUCCUGCUCCUGUCCUCAAGUAUAAAGGCCUCUCCUCCCCCCAGAGAGCCUCGCCCCCCACCUGGACGUUCCCUUCCCCUGGGGCUUCCUACCCAUCAUAGCCAUCCCUCAGCAGAGACCCCACUUAUAGCACAUUGUGGGGUAGGCAAGGAAGGGACCCAGGACAGCAACUCCGGGCUCAUGGCACACCACCCGCUCGCCACAGUACCACCCUCCCGAGUCCCCUCCUCCUCAGGCCAGCUCACCCACACAUAGCCUCAGGGUUUAUGAGGGUGGUCUGAUCCCUCCAUGUCCCUCCUGCGUGUGUACCUAGUGCCCAAUGCUGGGCUCUCCCAGAGGACUCAUAGCAAGCUCAGGAGUGGAAGAAAGUGGCCCUGGUUCCUACACUCUCUGCUCCUGGCCAGGCACAGGGACGGCCCUGCUGGUCAUGAGAUCUCAGACCAGCCCUCCCAGCUGCCCCCCUCCGGUGGCCUUGCAGACUUCUCUCCCUGAAGAAGCUUCAUCCAGUGAAGCAAUGUGACCAUGAACCCUGGAAGCUGGUACCCUGGACCUGGGACAAGGCCAGAAGCCAGUGGUUGGCUUGGUGUCACUAGGGUUGCAGCUGAAGCAUGAAUCUGUAGCUUUUGUGGAAGACUACCAUCUUCCAGGGGGCUGAAGGCUGUGGGUGUGCCCCUUACCCAUGGACAGACACUGCAGGUCUACCCUGAGAAACUGCCUGAGUCUGUUGGUCUCUCCAGAAAAGGGGUCCCCCUGGGAUAAGGACGCCCUGGGACACUGCUGGUAUUAAAGGUGCUUCUCUGCUGUUCUGAGAGAUGGACAGACGGCUCAGGGCAGGUCCCAGCGGGGGUGCAGGCCCCUGGGAGCCCGCAGUCUAUUCUGUGGGAAGAGGAGCAUCGGCCUCAGGAACGUAGGCUGCUGCUGGCCUAGUCAAGCCAGGCCGGCUGCCCUGCGUUUGCUCAGGGCCGCCUGAUGAAACUAAUCUUCAUGAUCCCGUCUCAGCAGUGGCCCGAUUCCGUCAGUCUCUGCAGAAUCUAGGUGGAGCUAGGGGUGGGAGGCUUUGGAAUCUAUGCUUUUGAAAGGGCUGAAUCUAAAUGUAAAAGCUUUAAAUGUGUAUAAGCUGCAUAAACCUGGACCUUGUUUAUCUAAUAUGUAUGUAUGAUAAACUUUAAAAGAAGGGGAGAGUUCUAAAACCAAUAUUCAAUCACCUUUUUGUUUUUAAGGAAUUCAAUUAAUAAUGACUUGCUCCUGGAGAAAGAUCUUUUGAAACUUUUCAAAUGCAUUUGAUUUUCCUGGGCAAACUAUUAACCAGAAAGUUUUUCCAUGCACAUCCACAUCCAUGCCAAUCACUAGUUCCAUUCCUCCUAUUCUCACCCUGUACUUUCCAUGCCUCAGGAAAAUCUGGGUUAUCUUCGACCCACUGAUCAAUCUAUAAGUACUUAUUUAUUAAGAGCUUACCAUAUACCAAGUACUUUUUACAUAGAAAAAGAGUGGCAUCUCUCUCUAUAAAUACAUGGGGAUUAAAAUUGCUUACUGG